AUGUACUCUCAUAUUAUCUCCUCUUCUCAUAUACCUAUUGUUGAUAUUUCCUCUUCUCUGAUCAUGUCAGAAAAUAUUCAAAAUCCAUCUGUAUUGGGAACUGCACAUUCUCUGCAGCUUCCCCUUCCCGUGGUGAACAAUGUAGCUUCCCUAACGGGAAGGGUCUGCAACUACUCCAGAGUAUCUGCUCCAGCUGGUAGUUCUGCUUGGCCCCUGCCCUCAGUCUCUGGCACCUCUUUCCAACCACUGAUGGGUAGUGCCUAUCUUGACCAACAUUCUAGCAGAACAAUGCUGUCUGGAGUGUCUGGCCAGAGCCAGAUGUCCGCUUCAGCUGCUUCCUACCCGAGUGUUUUGGAGUGGGAUAUUGCAGGAAGUGCUGAAAAGUAUUCCAUCGAAGACUUUACUGUGACUGUCCUUGACCAAGACACUGCUGUCUCUUCCAUUUCUAUGGCAGCUCACUAUGAGAAAACCUUAGAUACCAACAACACAGUGUCUCUGUACCCAUCACUUUCUGCAAGUCUUAUUGAGGGGACACUAUCUCAGGUUCCAAAUCAGAGUUAUAACCUGUCACUUCCCUACCAGGAAGGAAGCCAGGUGUAUUACUAUCAUCAGGGCACCCAAGGACCUCUCCUUUCUGGAGAACUAGAUCCCUGCCUGCAAUCCUAUGGCUCCAUGACAUACAGAGGAGGUAGGGGCUCUGCCCUCCAACCUUACAGCAACGCAUCUCCAGAAAUAAUUAUGGUUCUAAAGGAGGUCCAGUCCCCAAAGAACCAAACACCAGCCUCCACCCCUGGAAUCUACUACUCUGUGUCUGCUCAACCCAUCACAGAAUCGAGUUAUCAAGUGAUGAAUUAUCUGGGGAUGGAGACUUCUCUGGCAUUGCAACCUUCAGAUCAGAUAUUUUGUCUGACAACUUCAGAAUUACCCACAUCUUGCAGUAGUGGGGUUCAAAUACUUGAGAGUAACCCACCACCAGAGCCCCCAGAUGUCCCCGUAGUAGAUCCAGCACAAAAUAAACUGGCACUACCCCCUGUUCCAACUCAGGAACAAACAGAUUUGGAUGAGAUGAAAAUUGGGCUUUCAAAGUCUCUGGAUACUUAUCAGAUCCAGAUCUCAACAGAAAACCAAGAUCCUCCACUGUGCCCUUUAGAAACCCCUGAUAUCCACCAGCUCCUGGACUGCAUUGAUCCUCUCAGUCAAGAGCAACAGCCUUGUACUAAAACUACUGGUCAGGAAACGAAUGGUCUAUUUUUUGAGAAUCCAGGAACAUUUGAAAGUGGGAUUGAAUCUGGUGGUAGUUUUGCAGACAUUAUUACACUGGUGGAAGAUAUAUGUCUUCCCCAGCUCUUUGAUCGCUUAAAAGACCUUGAUCAAUGCAAAGAUAUGCAGGUAAAUAACACCGCAGAUACCAUCACUCUGAAUCAGGUGCAAGAAAACUCAAGUAGCACUGAGGGUAUCUCCCACCCAAUCCGGAAGAACUUCCGGAAGAAUAAGGCUUCUGAGUCUCUUGAGGGAGAACCCAAAGCCAAAAUCACACCAAAAGACCCAGAAGGCUUAAUAGGGAGAGAAGUGAUUAUUUAUAAUGCUGCAGUCAGUGAUAGGUGUCCUGUGACCAUGGCCAAACAUAACAGCAAACCUCAGAAAGAUGCAUCCAGUAGGAUCAGCAAGACAAAGAGCCAUGGGCAGAAGACAAAAAUGGCCAGAGAAAACUCUAAAAAAGCUGAUGAGAAUAAGCAGCCAGGGAACAAGGUCAAGGCAGAAGUGAAGCCCACCAUUGCCAAGAUGAAGCGCAAGAUAAGUCAACCUGAGCUGUGCCAGGAGGCCUUUAAAAAGCCCCGAAGCUGCCUAAGCAUGCGCAUGCUGGAGUCUGUGCAAGUGUUUCACACACUGGGGAAGAAGAGUGAUCAAAAGCCUGGGUUCUCUUCCUCCCAGGUCCUGGGUAGCUCAAAGAAAGCCAGAGAUUUCCAUCCAUCCUCAGCUGUCAAACCCUGGCUAGGUGCUACAAAGGAUGGAAAAGGUCUUGAGGAAACUCAGGUCAGAGCGCAGAAACCAAGCAACAGUGCUAAAGAACGCUCGUCUCCAUCCCAGUAUGAGCUGCCACCUCCUGGGAAGGUCAAAUUGGUACCUUUGCCUUUUCCAACCACGGAGAAGUCGCGAGCUCGCCCUGUUCCUCGGAGACCACAGUCUCUGGCUUCACAUCGUCCAGCUGCAGCUCACCCUCCCAGGCCUGGCUCUACCAACUCAGCUCAGCCAAUUGCCACCAAUUCAUCCCAGCUGGCUACUGCAUCUUUGUCAGGUCCUGCCAAACCAACUCAGCCCAUUUCGACCAAACCAUCUCAACCAGGCUUGCUGAACCCUACUAGCCGUCCUAUGCUUCAGCCUGCAACAUCUAGACCUGCUCCCUACAAGACAACAGAUAGCACUUCUCUCCAGUGGAAGCCUCUUCCUGUCUCUGUGACCAAGCGCCAGGCUCCACCCAAACGUCAGAGUCAGUUUCUACUCCAAGACUUCCGUUUCCAACCAAUUCCAUGGAGAAAGCCCAAUGUUCCCGAGCCAGUAAUGUCAAAGCCCAUCACCAAAGAGCAAAGACCAGAGCGUGAGGUUAUGAAGAGGAAGGCUCAGCAGAAGCGUGAGAAUACUGCCAAAUACACCUCUUUGGGGAAAGUGCAGUUUUUUAUUGAAAGAGAAAAAGAGAUGGACAUCUCUCAAUACUAUGGCUACGUAAUGUGA